AUGGCGGGCUUUGCUUCACAAAUAUCUUUUCUUUUGUUGUUUCAGUUAUUUGCAACAACAUUAAACAGGGUGAUGAGUUGCCAUGAAAAUGAUCAAAGGUUGCUCUUAAUCUUCAAACAAGGAGUGGUUGAUCCACACAACCACCUCUCUUCUUGGACUGCUGAAGAAGAUUGCUGUUUAUGGGAGGGAGUUCACUGUGACAACAUCACCGGAAGAGUCACAGAGCUUUCUCUUUUCAAUCACACAUUACGAGGUGACAUUAAUCUGUGUGUGCUUCAACUUGAAUUUCUCAACCACUUGGACUUGGGCCACAAUGACUUCAAAACUGUGAGUAUGCCACCAUGCCAAAUCUCCAAACCUCCCUUUGAUGCUCACAAAUUUCACAACCAAUCACUUGUUACUCCUUCCAAUCACUCAGCAAGUUUCUCUGUUGCUCUGCUUUAUCUUGACUUUUCAUGUAAUUAUGAUUUAGUCAUAAAUGACCUUCAUUGGCUUUCCCAACUUUCUUCUUUAAAAUAUCUUAACCUUAAUGACAGUGAUAUUGGAAAUGAUACCAAAUGGCUCCAGCAUAUAGCCAUGCUUCCUUCACUCUCUGAGUUACACUUGAGUAACUGUGGAUUAAGAGAUUUUCCUUCCCUUGAUUAUGCCAAUUUUACAUCACUUGAAGUUCUUGAACUUUUUGACAACUUUUAUAUGAUGAAGUUAAAAUUACCUGAUGCAUUGUUUAAUAUCACCAAUCACAUCUAUCAUCUUGACCUUGGUGAUUGCAAUUUCUAUGGACAAUUGCCAAAGUCUUUGCUCAAUCUUCAAAAUCUCAAGCAUUUAAAUUUAGCGUAUAAUAAUCUCGAAGGAUCAAUUCCAGAUUGGUUAGGCCAAUUUGAACAGUUACAAUACUUGGACAUCUAUGGCAAUCUGUUCCAUGGCAUAAUUCCAUCAUCUCUUGGAAAUAUUUCUUCCUUGUUCUACUUAGAAUUGUCCCGCAAUCAAUUGAACGGGGAUCUUCCAGAAACCUUGGGACAACUCCAUCAAUUAUAUUAUUUAGGCAUCAGUGGCAAUUUGUGGAGAGGUGUUCUUUCUGAAAUGAAUUUUACCAAUUUCUCAAAUUUAACAUCAUUGGACUUAAGCUCAACAAGUUUUGAAUUUGACUUUGAUCCUAAAUGGGUCCCACCAUUUCAACUUGAGGUGUUGGAUUUGAGCAACACAAGCAUAGGUCCUAAUGUUCCAUCAUGGCUGUACACACAACGGUCUUUAAGAAGUCUAGAUAUUUCUAGAUCUGGGAUUUCAAAAAUUGAUGCAGGUAUAUUUUGGAGCUUUGUAGUAGGAAUAUUUGAUGUUGAUAUCUCAAACAACUUGAUUAGUGAUGACAUAUCCAACGUCUCACUAUCAGCAAAUAUCUCUUCCUUUGAUGCAUCUAACAACUCUUUAUCAGGAUCUAUUUUCUCAUUAUUGUGCCAACUAGAGAGCAAGGGAGAGAGCAAGUUGUAUCGCUUGGACUUAUCAUAUAAUCAUUUGGGCGGAGCACUUCCCGAUUGCUUGGCCAAUUGGAAACAAUUAGGUCUCCUUAAUUUAGGGAGUAAUAAGCUGAUAGGUGAAGUUCCUCCCUCAUUGGCUUCAUUGAAGCUUGUUUUGUUGGAUUUGGGUGAUAAUAGUUUCUUUGGAAAAUUUUCGUCAAACAUGCUAAAUGGGACGUAUUUGGAAUACCUCAUUUUAGAAAAAAAUAAAUUUUCUGGAAGUUUGCCAAAUCCAGUGGCGCAAUAUUUGGAUCCAUACCUCAUUGCCUAUUCAACAUGA